GCGACUACGAAUGCGACUGAGCUGACGGUUACGCGGUGACGGUGGUGCGUGCCGGCGACAGUGUAAUAAUUUUUUCGGGUUGUUUUCGUUURCGCGGCGGUACACAGUCAGUCCGCGCGCGCGCGGGUUUGUUGUCGUUGCGUAUUGUUUUCAUUGCAAACAUUUCCACGGAAAGACCGUCGGCGUCUCGCGUGUUUCUCUAGUACGGACGACCCGCGAAAGGGUAAAUAUACAUUAACAUAUAUAUAUAUAAAUAUACACUCACGCACAACACCUAUCGACCGAUAUUUAUAAUAUUGAUUAGACUAGGAUUAAUAAUAACAAUAAUAAUAAAAAUAAAAAUAAACUUUUGUCGUUUUCGCCGAUACACAACGCAUAAUAUUAAUAACUUCAUCGUCGUCGUAUAAGGCGUGAGUGGUACUAUUGCAUUAGACAAUAAUCAACAAAUAGCAUCAUGCAUACGCUGUUCGGCGACCAAAACGCGUACUACCGGACGGGCAUGUACCCGGGAACGUCCAACCCGGCCGCGUAUCCGGCCGCGUACGAGCAAUACGCCCGGUAUGGAUACAACCCGGCGGCUGGUUACCAGGCGUCACACCAUCAUCACCACCAUCACGUGGUGUCAGCAGCCGCAGCCGCCGCUAAGGACAUGGUCAAGCCACCGUACUCGUAUAUCGCCCUGAUAGCAAUGGCCAUACAGAACGCGUCGGACAAACGGUGCACGCUCAACGGUAUCUACCAGUUCAUCAUGGAGCGAUUCCCGUACUACCGGGAGAACAAGCAAGGUUGGCAGAAUUCGAUCCGGCACAACUUGAGCCUGAACGAGUGUUUCGUCAAACAGCCGCGUGACGACAAGAAGCCGGGCAAGGGCAGCUAUUGGACGCUUGACCCGGAUUCGUACAACAUGUUCGACAACGGGUCAUACCUGCGACGCCGGAGAAGGUUUAAGAAGAAGGACGCACUCAAGGAAAAGGAGGAGGCCAUCAAGCGGCAGCAGGAACUCAUGCUGAAGAAGGUUACAGAAGAACAGUGCAAGUUGCUGUUGCACGGUGGUGGUGGUGGCGUCAAGGAACUGAUGCAGGUCGACUGCAACAAACAACCGAAAAAGGAGCCGGGCGUACCGCCGCCGUCCACACCGCACCAGUCAGCCGGUGGUGAGCCGGCCGCGCCGCCGACGUCCGGUGGCCCCACGUCGUCAUCGGCACCACCACCGCCACCUCCUCCCGCGUACCAUCAGCACCACCAUCACCUACAGUACGACAACGAUCACCAGGACGAUUCACCGUCGGCUGCCACGGGCAACCACCUGCACCAUCAUCAUCACAGGUACAUGACCACUCCAGCAGCCGCGGCCGCCGCUGCAGCAGCCGCAGCCGCUACCGGUGACCAUCACCACAAUCAUGGAGACGAGUUCGCCUCGCACCAUCACCAAUACGUGGCAGCAGCCGCAGCGGCCGCAGCGGGCCAUCACCGGGCACCUGGUUGGUACAGCGCCGAUCCGUCUGACUUUUUUGACGCCGUCGUGCCAAACCCGGUGGCCGCAGCCACGGCAACUAGCUGUGGGUUCCGCAACUCACAGCACUCUAGCCCUGGCACCCACACACAGCUACACAAUUACUAUCAACUUCAGCAGCAGCAACAGCAGCAACAACAGCAGCAGCAACAACAACAGCCACACGACGGCAAUUCAACCGUCAAGUUUUCGUCACAACUUUAACGACGACGACGACGACGAUGGGGACGGGCGAGCUGCUGCUACUGCUGUCAGACGAACAAAUUGUACUCGUCCGCGUGAGAAGCCAGAAAGACGCGUCGCGCGCCGCGACCGAGAUGAUUGUGCCGCAGGAAGACGAGACAGAGAAAGAAAGAGAGAGGAAAAAAAAUUCACCAAAUCGAGACACGAACCACAUGCUGCCGGCUGUCACUCUUCGGAAAACGCGUCCGCCGACUAGGCUUAUCAGGUGACGGACGGACGGACGGACGUGCGUGUAUCUAUCGCAGCGGCUCACAGUCCGUCGCCCAUUUAUGUGUAUCUUGUGUGUGUGUGUGUGUGUGUGUGUGUGAGUGUGUUGUGUGUGUGUGUUUGCGCUGUCAAUGUGUGUUUUAUACGUAUUAUAAAUUAUUAUUAUUAUUUUUGAAUUUUUUUCAAUCCUUGUAUUAUAAUMGUAACGUCCAGCGAAUAUUCGAAAAUUAUAUACGUUUAAACAAUAUUAUAAUGGCAUAUGUAAUAUCAUAUAUAUGUCUAAUAUUAUUAUAUUUUUUUUAGUUUAUAUGAAUUACAAUAAUUAUAUGUACAGAGUGACCCACCGUGAUUUCCCACUUUCCUGUGUUAGUUUAAUUAGAGACAAUUCAAUAGGCCACUUUGUACCUAUAUAUAUAUAUAUAUAUAUAUAUACAUACAUAAUAGGUACCUAUGUGCUACUUGAAUUAAAAAGKGACGCAUCGCUGAAUAUCGAGUCGCAUCACAAUAUUAAUAUAAAAAAAAAUCCUAUUUACAUAAGUGAUGCUUCAAUUAUUGAAGUAUACAAAAGCCAACGUCCCAUAUAUUACCUAUCUACCUAUAGUUUUAGCUAAUUGGUUUUAUAAAUAUCAUUUGAUUUCCAUCUUAAAUAACACGUUCGAGCACUAUGCAUUAGUACAUAUAUACUGUUACGUUUAUCUUUGUUAUAUCUUCGAUGUACGUAGUGUGCUAUAAUAAUGAUAUUCUGAUACGCGUUACGUAUAGCGUAUAUAUUAUAGGUAUAUUAUUAUUAUUAUACGUAUCGUACAAUGGAUAAUUUGAAAUAUUUUAUCUCAUCACUCUUUUAAAUGCUAUUAUUUUUGCAUAUGCAAUUAUUAUAGUAUCGUAUAUUGUUGUUCACGCAGCGUAUUUGCAUGUCAUGUACCGCAGGGUGAUAAUAUAAUAUCAGUAAUAAUAUGUUAUUACCUCAUAAAGCAUAACUCCAUUAUCAUGAUAUUAAUAAUAAUAUAUUAUAUAUUAUAAUAAGCUUCGAUCAUAUCGUCUUUGUUAGUCGUUAUUGACGAGUUGUCACUAGCGCCAUACGUUAUUAUUAGUGUUUGAAAAUUUAAAAUUGUGAAACAUUUUAUWAAAUAUUUA